AUGGCUGAACCCUCGCCGCCGCUGGACAAGGUCCUCAACUUCCGCGACGUCGGCAAGACGGUGAAUCUCUACCUCGGCGAGAGGCGCGUCCGCGAGGGCGUCAUAUUCCGCUCCGCGCGGCCAGACGAUGCCACGCCGCGGGACAAGACCAUCAUCAGGGACCAGCUCGCAAUCAGGACCGUCAUAGACCUGCGGACAAAGACGGAACUGCUCGAACAGGCGCAAAAGAGUCACGCCCAGGGCCAUGGCGCGGAACCUUCCUCGCCCGGCGGCACCGCGCCCGUCCACCCCCCGCGCAUAAAGGGCAUCGAGUACAAGGAGAUCAAGAUCACCGGCCGCUCGUUUGAGAAGCAUCUGAUGAGCCAGCUCUCCUGCAAGGUCAUUGUCCUCUACAUUGUCGGCUACCGCAUCGACGCCGUGCGCAUCAUCGGCCAAGAGGUCCUCCUGGCGCGCGGCCUCGUCGGUCUCGGCACCGACACGCUCGACCAUUCGGGCGCCGAGAUCCGCGAGGCCCUGCUGCUCUACGGCAGCUCGCAGUCUGUCCCUGUGCUGGUGCACUGCACGCAGGGAAAGGACAGGACAGGCACGUUUCCAUUCUCUUGCGAGGCACUCUUUGGCAUCGUGUGCGCAUUGCUCCUCAUGAUCCUUGAGGUGCCUGCCCCGGCCAUCGAGCACGACUACUUCCUCACGGACGCGGCUCUCGUCUCCGAGCGCGAGGAGAGGAUUGCCGAGAUCCGCAACAUUGGCCUCACUGAUGAGUGGUUCAAUACCGCAGAGGACAUGAUCACGGGCAUGGAGAAGCACUUGGCCCAGACGUACGGCGGCCUGGACGCGUACCUCGACGGCAUCGGCUUCAGCGAACAAGAUCGUGCCAGGCUCCGCGAGAAACUACUCUACUGA